UCGCUGCAAAGGGAAGUACCACUUCGUUACUUGCGUUAUCAUAAAGUUGUAAUUUAUUAGAAAUAUAACAUUUAUUGCAAUGGCACUAAGUAUAAGGAGAUUUUGCAGACUAAAUGUCUCUUUGACAAACAAUUGUUUAAAACUUUUUAAACCUAAUUUUGUAAAUGUUGGGGUUCGAUUUAUGUAUGCAGAACAAGAUUUAGGUAUACCGAGUUACGAAAAUUUAAGAUUUACGUUUCGCAAUCAGUUUAUGCAGAUAGAGUCCACAUUUCGUGAGAAAAUGCAGGAAACUUGUGAUUCUGAAAACGGAAUUGUAUAUUCAGAAGAUUUGAAAGCAAUGUUACAUUUAGCAAAAGCUACUGAUCAAGAUAUGGAUUUGCUGGAUAAAAUGUUACGAAAGUAUGUUGCUAACCAACGAAUUACUGGUUUUGGAUCAUACAGAUUUGGACCAGCAUUCAUGAGAAUGUACUAUCAUUUGGAUCAACCUAAAUAUGCUUUGAAAGCAUUUAUGGAUCCUGAAUUUGAUGAUACUUAUAAUUAUCGUGUAGUUUAUCGUAUUUUAAUAUCUUUAUUGUAUAAACAUAAAAUGUUCGAUGAAAUAAAAUCUACAUUUGAGCAUGUAUUGAAUACAAAAGGUUCAACAUUCAUUGGAAGCAAUUUUAUUAUAAUAUAUGCUGUAUGUCUGAUAGAGAAUACACGAGAAUCUAUGCAGUAUGCAUUAAAAUAUUGGCAUUAUAAUACAAAUACAAUACAUGGACCAAGAAGUCGUGCUAUAAUGGCAGCUCUAGCAUUGAAACAAAAUUCACCUGAAAUGGCAUUAAAUAUAAUAAAUUCAGGACCAGUGGAACAAGUAAUAAGUAUCAGAUCUCUUAAAAUAAUGACAUAUGUACAAUUAGGAAGAUAUAUUCAAAUAAUUCCUAUAUUGAAACGAGUAUUAGAGAAUGAAAAUUCUUAUUACCAAGCCAUUUUUGCCGAUGCGAUAUAUAAUCUGGAAAAUAAAUUAGAUAUGGAGAAUGUACCAGAAGCUACUCACAUACAUACAUUAAUAGAUGAAAUUAAACGCAGGAAUCUUAUUCAAACAGGUAUUACAUUGGAAGAAUUUAUAUUAAAACCUUUAAUAAUGAAAAAUAAUAUACAAAAAAUGCGAGACGGAAAUCGAAGAUUUUCAAGACAGAAUUCCCAGAAUCUUAAUAAAGAAAUAGGUGGAUUAAAAAGUUAUGUGUAAUUAAUUAUUUUCUAAUUUUUUCAUUAUAAUAUAGCCGUUUAUAUUCAUAUUAAAUUUGUUAACAUUUAAUAUCUUUUACUAAUGGAUUUUGCAGUCCAGUUACAUCAUAGUUUAAUGUAGAAGCAAAUUAAGUUUUUAAGCAUGAAAACAUGAGAAGUAUUGUAAACAUAAUGAAUGUAUAAUUUGUGUGAAAAGAAGUAGUGGAAAAAGGAAAAUAUAUUGAAAAAAAUAAUAAA